UAAUUGAGAGGUUUCCGGGAAUCCCUUGAACGCCUCGCUCGCUCAGAGAGCUCUGUGGAUCCAACAGAGAGGGCAGAACCGCUCCAGAGAAGUGAAAGUGACAGGACCGUUCACAGCCGAGCUCACACACUCACACACUCACACACGCAGACACACACACACACACACACAGACAGACACGACGGAACCGCAGAAGUUUGCGGUGGUUUUGUCGCAGCUGUAGCACCGUGGAGCUGCUCUGCUGUGUUUCCUGUUUCUAAAGUUCACUGGAGUCGCUCUAUAAAUGCAUUGGAUCCGGUGACAGCCUCGACACGAACAGCACCAGACGACACAGACAUGACUGGACAGGAGAAUGGGAAGAGCCGCCUGCAGCAGGCCCAGGAGGACGUGGAGGAGGUGACGAUCAUCAUGGUGGACAACCUGAACAAGGCCGAAGAGAGAUCCGGCAAACUGGACGACUUGGAGGACCGAGCAGACGAGCUGCUGGAAAAGAGUAAAUCAUUUGAAAAAACGGCCAACCAGGUGAAGCAGAAGAAGAGAUGGGAGCACAAUAAGAUGAAGGUGGUGUUCAUCGGCGUCGGCGUGGCGGCUGCAGUCAUCAUCAUUAUACUUAUAAUCGUCGCCAUCGUCAACAGCAGCGGAGGAGCGUAGCUCCUCGUCCUGAUGGAAGGAGAAAAGACAUCUGAGAGACACGAAGUGGACGAGGACGAACGAUCCAGAAGAAGAAGAAGAGUGCAAAGCUGCUGUCUCUCCUGAUCUGCUCAGGCUGUGGUCUUUCUGUGUUUUAGGGAUAUUUAUGGGCCUUCUGGUCUCACUCUUCAUUAGUCUUCAGUUGAUAUGGUACCGUUGAUCGCUCAGCUGCUUCACUGCGUUUUUUUGUUUUCUUCUCAAAGGUCAUGUCUCCGUCCGGCCUGCGUCAGGACGACACACAACUCUUCAUGAUGAUUAGAUGUAAAUAAAAAAAAACUAUUAAUUAAUAAUUUUAACUAAAACGUCAUUAGGCUGCUGCUUUUGUACUAUUCGCUUGUACACAGUGGUUCACGUUCAAGAGCAGCACUCAGAGAAAAAAAGCCAUCACUGAACUCACGAGAAUUAAUGUCACUUCAGUUUUGGGUGAGAGUCAGUGAGGAAACAGAAGAGAAACUGGACAAUUGUGCAGCUGCAUAUUGCUUCAAAUAGGAAAGAAUGAACUGAUGUAAAUGAGAAUGUCAUGUGCCAAAAGUGAAACUGCCCCAAAAGUUGUGUUUGAAUUAAAAUGUGUGUGUUUAAAAUGGC